CCUUGCUCCCGUCGAUCUCCUCUUCCUCGUCAAAGCUGCAGCGCAACCCACCAAACACGUAAUAUAUGUACAAUCAGGAAACCAACUGCGUAAACAAAAGACACGUUUCUUCAUGUAAACCCCUGUCCAUAUCACGUCUGUAGGCUAAGGGCAAAUGAACAAUUAAAUCGCUCGGAAACAAGUGAAGGAAGAAAUGGAAAGCGCGGCAAAUCCUCCUUUAUGACUUGUCCGAACUAUCGCCUUCUACUAUUGUAACCUAACAAUGUAUGAAGCUAUUGAAGGAAGAUACGGCAUGACUUUGUAAAACUGCCGGCAUAUGGCGUUAGACUCGACGCGUUGAUAUGCGGAUCGGGAUUUGAUGCUAAUCUGUAAAGUCGCCUCAGAGAUACCUAGCAUAAAACAUACCUAGUACCUAGAUAUUUUACUUAUAUAUAUAGAUAGCGAGACCAAGGGGAAGAGACAGACGGCGUAUGAGUUUUCAGAUUUCAGGGCAUAAAACUACUUCAAAUUCUUACAAUGACGUCCAGAACAAAGUUCAACAAAUUCGAACUACCUUUUAAUAGGAUUAUAGAUUACGACUUAGGCCUCUACGACCAAGAAUUCAGGAUAGUAGUGAGGAAAUUUUUGGAGGCUUCGUAUGAACAAGACCAUGCUGAAUAUCGGAGCAGUCAGCUUGCGCAGGCGGCUGAGCAAGCUACUUUCUCAAUGAGAGAAGGCUAUUUUGUUUCAUGCGAGCAACCGCCUGAUGACACAAGAAGAAGGAUGGACAUCAAAAUUGAGAGAAUGGAUCCAGAUCAGCAUACGAUGAUUACCACACGUGUCGGAGAAGUGAAGAGGGGUAAAGGUAGUGUUCGGGUCGUUGAAGACCAAGCAUUGGAUGCUGCAAAGAAGACCAUCAGGCACGAGGGCUUACUUGGCACAUAUGCCGUAACGAUCGUAGGAGUUUAUUUUCGGGGGUGGCUUGUCGAUAGAUUGCGCAAGAAACUCGAGCCAUUAUGUGGACCCGACGACACGGCAGAUAAGUCAAACUAUUCACCAAUAAUCGUGUGGGAUUGGGUGCUUGGGAGGUUUCGUUGGCAUGAUGUGUGGGUGAGUGAAGCCGACCUGAUCAAGAGUGAAUUCCCACGCCUUCAAGCGCCGCCUACUCUACCAAGCCAGGCACUCGAUCAAAACGCGAUGUCUAUCCAAUAUCCCCAAUCUUCCACGGUUCCGUCCCCGGGAGGAGGAUAUACAUAUGGUCUUCCAGAUGAAAUGGAUAUGGGAGACUAUGAGGCCGGGACGUCGAUGGCGGAGGGAUAUGCCAAUCCUGGACAGCAGCAAGACGCGAUGGAUAUUCAGGAUGACACCAUGGUUCAGACCGAAGCAGAAUUUCCUGAGCAAAGUACUGGCCCGCCUGCAAACCGCUCGGGAAAUCGGUGGAACGGUAAAGCCAUGAAAGAGGUAAAGGUGAAAAGGAUCACCCAUUUGUUACAGGGUGAUGAAUUUGAGUUUGAAAAUCGAAAAGGCACCACGACGAGAGUUCCAUUGAGGGACUGGCAUGAACACCAAAUUGAUGGUCAUUCUGUAAAGGCGUACGAGACGGACAGUACAUUUUAUUGGUGUCGGAAGUCAAAAUUUCCAAGAUAGGUAGAUCGGUGCCUAGCUGGACGAACGUGGAAGACGCGGAUUUAUGUAGUACCGAAGCACAAAUACUUCCAACUAGGUACCUACUAGGUAGGAGGUACAUACAUCCAAUGUAUGUAGGUCAGGUACAUGGAGGGUAUCCACU